CCCACACGCCCCUUGAAAUCCCCAACCGUUGAGCUUCAGAAUUCAGGACCGAUCCAGAAGUCAAGAACAGUGUUGCAGAAAGUUUCAAAUCUAUCAUUCUAUCUCAUAAUUUAUCUCCAAUGGAAUUGGGAAGCAUAAUUCACUUCCUUCAGGAUAAGACCAUCUUAGUCACUGGUGCCACUGGUUUUCUUGCAAAAAUUUUUGUAGAAAAAAUAUUGAGGGUUCAACCAAAUGUGAAGAAACUUUAUCUGCUUUUGAGAGUUAAAGAUACUGAAUCCGCUACUCAACGCUUAGAUAACGAGAUCAUAGGGAAGGACUUGUUUAGAUUGCUGAAGGAAAAACUGGGAACAAGAUUCAGUUCCUUUAUCUCAGAAAAGCUCACUGUGGUACCUGGAGACAUUUCUCAUGAGGACUUGAAUUUGAAGAACUCCAUUCUGAGGGAAGAAAUUUGUAACCAAACAGAUGUUAUAGUUAAUCUAGCUGCAACAACUAACUUCGAUGAAAGAUACGAUGUUGCACUGGGUAUAAAUACAUUAGGAGUUAAACAUGUGAUGAGCUUUGCCAAGAAAUGUGUAAAGCUGAAGGUGUUUGUCCACGUAUCAACAGCUUAUGUAUGUGGAGAAAGAGGAGGACUGAUACUAGAGGAUCCACAUCAGUUUGGUGUGUCACUAAAUGGAGUGAGAGGACUAGACAUUGAAAUGGAAAAGAAGAAGGUAGAGGAGAAACUGAAUGAGCUGAAAGAGGAGGGAGCUACAGAACAUGAUAUUGAAUUGGCCAUGAAGAACUUGGGAAGUAAAAGAGCAACGAUGUAUGGAUGGCCAAACACGUAUGUGUUUACAAAGGCAAUGGGAGAAAUGAUUGUAGGAACUACAAAGGGAAACAUGAACGUAGUAAUUGUACGUCCCACAAUCAUUACUAGUACUUACAGAGAACCUUUCCCUGGUUGGAUCGAAGGUUUAAGAACCAUAGACAGCUUGAUUGUUGCUUAUGGUAAAGGAAAGUUAACUUGCUUCCUUGCGGAUCUGAAGGCUGUUUUUGAUGUGAUACCAGCAGACAUGGUGGUGAAUGCAAUCCUAGUGAGCACGGUGGCUCAUGCAAAUCAACAUAGUGACAUGAUAUACCAUGUGGGUUCCUCUGUUGCAAAUCCAGUUAGGUACCUUAAUCUUCGAGACUGCGCCGUAAGAUAUUUCAAGGAAAAACCUUGGAUAAACAAGGAAGGAAAGGCCGUUAAGGUUGGGAAAGUUACCAUAUUGAGCAACAUGGAUAGCUUCUACAGAUAUAUGUACAUUCGUUAUCAGCUUCCCUUAAAGGGACUGGAGCUGGUGAAUGCAGCUUCGUGCCAUUAUUUUGAGGAAAUUUGUGUGGACUUCAAUAGGAAGAUCCGCACAAUCAUGCGAUUGGUUGAGCUUUACAAGCCUUACUUGUUCUUCAAUGGGAUAUUUGAUGAUUUGAACAGAGAAAAGUUGUUGUCAAUGGGAAGAGAAAGUGGAGUAGAGACUGAAUUGUUUUACUUUGACCCCAAAAUCAUUGAUUGGGAAGACUAUUUCAUGAAUAUCCAUUUUCCUGGAAUCAUAAAGUAUGCUUUCAAGUGAUGAA